AUGCUAAUCCUGGAAUAUGUUCCACAUGGAGAUCUUCUGCAGUGGCUGAGGAAAAAAAGGCAACACGUAAAAAUAUUUUGUACCUUUAAAACCAGGAUACACUGGAGAGACCACUGAUCCAUCGCUAAACACAAAUACCGUCCGAAAAAAGUCGGAAAGGUGAUCUAAUUCGCAAGUUUACUUGUGGCACCAAGUACAAAUACCACCUGGGUUGUGAGCGGAUGCUGAUAAUACAUCUAACUGUUUUUUUCCGUCAACAGAGUUUCCAAAUUGCUGUUACAAUUCGCUAUCUCUGAAUUUAGAUGGUCUAACAAUUCAAAAUUGUUUGACAUAUUUUGUCAACUGUUUUGUUCCCGAUAAGUGGAAUUGUUCCAACGUCAUCUUUCAUUGAUUUCAGGUAAAAUGUAAAAACAGCAUUGAUGGUGUUGUUUUUGAAUCUGUGGACGAUUUAUCAGACGGUAGUGCGAGUUCAAAUGCAGCUGCCUCAACUGGUAAGUCAGAGGACGAAGGCUUUCACGAUAGUAGAGAGAAACUCACGACUGUGCAGAAAUUCAAAGAAGUCUCCGAAAAACAAGACUUCAGCGUCACGUCGGACAUUUUAAUUAAUCUGGUAGAACAGCCAUUUACAGACGAGAAAAGGAAUGACACUGAAGAACUUGGAAUAAGAAUUUCCCAAACUGAUUUUCUAUCUGGCCUCGAAGGAGAAAAAAACUCACAGAGCCAACAAUCCAAUGAACUGAGUCACAUGGAUGUCACUUUGCCCACUGUAAGUGCAAACACUGCAUUGCCCUUUGUAAGUGCAAGCACCGGUUUGGAAGACUUUAACGCUGAUUUUCGGCCCAGAAGUGGAAGUGGAGACGAUUUGAACACCAAGAGGGCAGAGAAUGAAAACAGAAAUGAAGAUAUAGGGAGAGAGGGAGUGAAAUCAUCGAUUGAUGAAGAGGGAACUAUCGGCAUUUCAUUUAAAAGUGCCCGUUGCUUGCCGCAGCCCCAGGAGAACAUGGAGCGACAACUAGAAACAAGUGAAGCUGAUGAGAAGGCAGUUAACUUCACUGUUCAAGACGUACUUUGUUUUGCAUGGCAGAUAGCAGGAGGAAUGGUAGGUGAUUGAACUUAAUGAAAUAAAUGUUACGAUCAGAUACUUUUCAGGAGUGUUGGAAUAAUCGUGCUUCUUUAUUACCCGACCCUCGAGGAAAAAUUAUUUGCUAUAAACUGGAGCAAAAUCAAUAAAAUAGGGUAAGACAUUUAGAUAAACGUUUGAUUCUUGAUACACAGACAGUUCUAUUCUAAACAUUGGAAGUUACGUUAAAAACCGGCAACUCUCUUAUCGCAAAAACAUCAUAUAAUUAAUUAACCAUGCCGUCGUAACGAUUUACUUUGUUCAACAACUUUAACCUGAUACAACUGGUUUGAUUCAGACAGCAAGAACUGAGCUACCAUAAGUUUACUGGUGUUCUCCUUUUUCGGCAAUGGGAAAAGAUAGAAGAAAGGAAAGGAUAGAUGGCACGUGCUUUGUAAGGACCUUGCGUGUUUCGGUUUCUUUUUUCAAUAGGAGUACUUGGCUGGUAAGGGAUUUGUUCAUCGUGACCUGGCCGCACGUAACAUCCUUAUUGGUGAAGACAGAGCUGUAAAGAUUGCUGACUUUGGCCUGUUACGUCACACGUAUGGGGAUAUUUAUGAAAUAAAGAACACGAGGAAACUUCCAAUCAAAUGGAUGGCGCCUGAGUCACUAGACAGUGGGGUAUACACUGCUAAAAGUGAUGUGUUAGUAUUUUAAGUUUAUAGGGCUCUUGUGGGGGGAGGGGGGGGGGCAAUCUCUUGACGUUCAUCUUUCUUUUUUAUUUAAGUUCAAUGUUUGUCGAUGUAAGUAGUAAUUAGCUCUCACAUGUAAAUGCAUGUUCCUUACCAGAACAUCUUUCCCAUUGAAAUUAUCAACCUCAAAGGAGUCCAGUUCAGGAUCAUGAUCGUCUGCAUAUUCUGUACAAGCACCCUACCACUAGAAUAUUAAUUGACGUUAUACUCAGCAUUUUCAACUGAGUUGAUAACGUGAAUUGACCUUCGUAAAGAGUUUAGAUGCUGGCGUUAGGAGAGUUGGUCGUUCGACUGUCCUUCUGCGGUAGGGCGAACGCUCGCAACGUCAGCUUUUAAAAUCUUAACGGUGGUCAAUUUACGUUAUCAACUCAGUACAUAAUAAUCAAUUCACUCUUUCUACUCUCCGACCGAUGCAGCAUCACAGUUUUUUAGAAAUUUACCCCCUUUAUUAACUUGACGGUAUCUGACAAAGUUUGAUGCUACUCUGGUUUACAGAUUUAAUGAAUGUAACCGAAGAAGUUACAAUUCAUAGACCCAAAUUCUUCGGUUACAUUCAUUAAAUCUGUAAACCAGAGUAGCAUCAAACUGUCUGAUUGUCCACCUGGUUGCCGUAUGAACUUUAAUAUAUUGACAUGAACUAAUUAUUUUCGUCCCUUUUUUCGAUAGUUGGUCUUUUGGUGUACUUCUUUGGGAAUUGUGCACGAUGGGUGAGUAACAACACCUGAUGUGUCACAGCAAAACUAUCCAACCACUUUUACCACCAUAAAUAGCCAGCAUUCAUCGCUAAAAUGUAACAUGCCUCAAUUUGAUUUGGUUCGAGUUUCUCCGAUCUUGAUUGAUUCAAAUAGCACGAUAAGAGCAGGUAAAGUUAAACCCAAACCAAAAGUAAAAUUACCCGCAAUUUACAUCUCACAGGAUAUUUCUUAACCAGAUCAUUAACAGAGAAUUCUGGGAGUGUCCCCAGACCCCGAGACAAACCCUUACUUAUAACGCUUGUUUUUCAGUUAUAGGUUCGUUUCAGCUGCUAAACUGAAUUUUGUUAUGUAUGCUGGACUGUGUUACAAAUAAAUGUGGGAGAGAGGAGAGGGAGGGCAAAAUCAAUGAUUCGAUCAACAACCUCCGAACUCGAGAGGCGUUGGAUUAUGAAUUUGAAUCAAAGAGAAAUGGACCCACCUUUGGGGAAAAAAGGGCUAGAAGCGACCUGGCCGCUGAGAAAUAUGUCAAGUGGUAUUUGACAUCUGUAUUUUCUCAAACCUUUUAUUCACGAGGGGUCUAAGACUUAUCGAAGUUGUUAUAAAAACAAUUUUUCUAAUAACUUUUUUUCCUUCUUCUGAUUUAACCUGCAUCCAAGGUGGCAUUCCCUACCCUGGAAUAAGCAACAGAGAGUUGUUAAGACUUCUUAAGUCAGGAUAUCGAAUGGAAAAACCAGCCAUUUGCUCUGAUGAGCUGUAAGUUUAACAAAUAAUCUUCAAUUGUUCCAUGCAAUUAACGUUAAUUCAACACCAACUAAAUCUUUUCGACUGAAGUUUUACUUUUUGUCUAUCUGACUGAGCAAAUCUCUUUUGAAGUUAUAUGUAAGGUCUCGUUGAGAUAUGCAGUUUAACAUCAAUGAUGAUAGUAAUCUAGAUACUUCCAUUAAGUUGAAUAAUUAAAAAAAAACGCUGACAAUUAUGACGGAGGAAUUGAGAUCAAUGCUAGAAAAGAUAGUGUACCAUUAUGAGAAACUCUACAUGGAAACAAGGGCCUCGCGAAAACAUUGAUUUCAGGGAUAGUUAUUUCAAUGAAUCACAUUGUAUACGUAUCAAGCUAACCAUAAAAGAAAGCCGUUGUAACAUCAAGAUGGCCAAAAUAUUCAACAAGAUAUGGUUUUCAAAAGAAUUAUUGAGCGUAUUUGGUGAAGACGCCUUUACAUUGUACUUUGUUUUAAGGCCCGAGGGGAACUUUAUCAUGUCUGCAUUCUCCUUACUGUGCUUUAGUCGUCAGUGUCUGGACCAACAGUAAAUAAGACGAUAACUUCCACAUAGCGCCAAUGUCCCCAUUGACACCAGAAUACUUUAUAUCUUAUCAGAUACGAGUUGAUGUUAGACUGUUGGAGGGUAGACCCAGAGGAGAGACCAUCAUUUCAACAGCUGACAAUAAGAAUAGAAGAAAUGAUGACGAGGGACACUCCUUACUUUGAUCUGAAUGAAGAAUAUGAAAGCGAUGCCUCUAACACUGAGACGACACCCGAAACUGACCAACCACAUGCGUGA